AUGUUGCUCCGUCGCAGCAAGAGUGGUGACCUCAAGGGCAAGAAGGCCCAGGCCCUCAGGGAGGCCGAGCUUGAACGCCAGCGCGCCGCCAACCGCGUCGCCCCCAAGCUCCCCGAGUUCAACAACCACUCCGAGAAGCUCUCCAAGUCCUUUGGCCCCGAGCUGCGCCCCGACUCCUCCAACGAUGACUACGUCACCUCGUCCGCCGUCCCCGCCGUCCCAAGGGGCAUCCGCUCCAUCCCUCGCGACCAUGGCUUCUCCGGCGUCCCCGUGCCCCCGAUCCCCAACCAGCCCGCCGCCGACCCCUACGCGCGCACCGAGAGCAUGACCCAUCGCGGCCGCUACAGCUACGCCAGCAGCGCCGUCAGCACCAUCAACAGCCCCAGGCGCGUCCGCAGAAGAAAGGACCCCACUCCUUUCAACAUCCUGAUCCUCGGAACUCGCAACUCUGGGAAGACUUCCUUCCUCGAAUUCCUCAAGUCGGCCCUCGCCCUCCCCGAGAAGAAGAGGGCGCGCAAGGAUGAGGAGGAGGCCUUCAAGAGACCGACGCCCACGACCGGCAACUUCAUCCCCCACUACCUCGAGACCGAGAUGGACGGCGAGCGCAUCGGCCUGACCCUGUGGGAUUCGGAGGGCCUGGAGAAGAACGUGGUCGACCUGCAGCUGCGCGAGAUCAAUACCUUCCUCGAGUCCAAGUUUCAGGACACCUUUGCCGAGGAGAUGAAGGUCGUGCGCUCGCCCGGAGUGCAGGACACGCACAUUCACGCCACCUUCCUGGUGCUGGACCCGAGCCGACUCGACCGCAACGUCGCCGUCGGCCGCAGCAUGCAGGGCCUGCAAAGCGGCCACGCCGCCCCCCUCCAGCGCGUCUUUGGCUGCCUCGACGAGGACCUCGACAUGCAGGUCCUGCGCCUGCUGCAGGGCAAGACGACCGUCAUCCCCGUCAUCUCCAAGGCCGACACCGUCACCACCAAGCACAUGAACGUCCUCAAGCGCGCCGUCUGGGACACGUUCCAGAAGUCCAAUCUCGACCCGCUGGCCGCCCUCGGCCUGGACGAGGACAGCAGCAGCGUCUCUUCCGGCCGCAUCGACGAGGAGGCCGAGGACGACGACGAGGCCAAGCCCGAGGCCAACCGAGGGGAGGAUCACGACUCGGGCGUCGACAACGGAUCCACGGUGAACGGCAACUCGCCCGCCGCAUCCAAGCGCCAGUCGAGCGCGUCGCUCCGCAGACGCAGCGAGGACGACGCCAACGAGACGCCCUUCCUGCCCCUGUCCAUCAUCAGCCCGGACCUGUACGAGACGGGCGUCGUCGGCCGCCAGUUCCCCUGGGGUUUCGCCGACCCUUACAACCCGGAGCACUGCGACUUUGAGCGCCUCAAGGAGGCCGUCUUCUCCGAGUGGCGCUCCGAACUCCGCGAGGCCAGCAGGGAGCUGUGGUACGAAGGGUGGAGGACCAGCCGCCUCAAGCACAGGGACCUGCCCUACCGUCGACGCUGA